AACGAAAUUGUUUUCCCUCAUAUUAUGCCAAAGGACUUAAUUAAUUCCAUUUUUCUGCAAAGAGUUCUCAAUACUGAAUAUGCAGAUGAUUGUAAAGCGGAAUAGAUAUAGGCAUUGGCGAGAAAACAUAGUUCAUCUUAUAUUCUUGUUCUGUGCAACGUAUUGGUCUGUUUUCCUGUAUAAGUUGGUCUUCUAUUGCAAAACGUAUACAUCGCUGCUUGUUGGAAACUUCAGUGUAAAUGUUACCCCGGUAUCAUAUACAGAAGUGGCCAAUAAAAUUUUUUGGAUAAGCAGUGGAGGACACUACAAACCAACCUGUACAUCUGUGCAAAAUGUGGCCAUAAUUAUCCCAUUUCGGAACAGGGAGAACCAGCUAGCUAUUUUGUUGAACAAUAUCCAUGAUAUAUUAUACCGCCAGCAAAUCGAGUACUCCGUUUACGUUGUAGAACAGGCUGAUAACCGAGGGUUUAAUAAAGGAAAACUCUACAAUAUCGGAUAUACCGAGGCAGCCAAGCGCAACCAUGACUGUUUUGUAUUUCAUGAUGUCGAUCUAAUUCCAGAAAAUGAUAAUAUUUUUUAUGGAUGUAUUAGAAGUCCUAUGCACCUAUCAAGAGCAAUAGAUAAAUUUAACUACACACUUCCAGAUAACAAAUUAAUAGGAGGCGUUUCUGCAUGGAAGAAAAAUGAAUUUGAAAUGGUCAAUGGUUGGUCAAACUUGUUUAUAAACUGGGGUGGAGAAGAUGACGAUAUGAGCUACAGGAUUAUUGCCAAUGGACUGAAAAUCUAUCGUUUUCCCAAUUCCAUUGCUAGAUACAAAAUGCUUCGACAUCCUCAAGCAGUUGUUAAUACUGCAAGAUUUACCCUACUAGAAAGCAGUUUUGAUCGCCAUAGAAGAGAUGGCUUGUCCUCCUUACGCUAUGCUGGUGUUAAAAUAACUGAGUUUAAAUUAUUCACAAAGAUUUCUGUUAGUUUAUUGUGAUGUCUAAAUAAACUUGGGAAAAUGUAUAUUACCUCCUAGCUAGUAUCAAUUAUUUUAUUAUAUAUUAGUGUCCUCCCUAAUGAUGAUAUGGAGACAAGGAACAAUAUUCAAGCUCAAGAAUCCACAUAACAAUAUAAAUUUUGAUGUAGAGCAAUUAAAACAAAUACAGAGUUUGUCUUUGCUAAUAACAUAAAGAAGAAACACCAACAAAUAAGAUACAUUGUUAAAAGAAAUGUAAAUUACACAUAUAUUAAAAGGAAAAAAUGCAUGAAAAAAAGAGGGAAUCUAUUUGCUCAAACAUGUGAUUGUCAGCUAACAGUGUAAUUUUCUAACAUGCAUUUAAAAUAUUUUUGUGAAUAAGAAAGUCUAAUUUCUUGAGGUAGUUUGUUCCAAAGAUGUACAACUGGGUGGUGAAAAGAGGACUUGAAUAUGUCUGUACGAAAUUGUAUUCAUACAUCUGUGACUGUAAUUAUAAGGUCUACAUGUACAAUAUGUUAAUUUGUAUAUUUGUAUAUACCUGGUAUAUAAUUAUUAAAAUUUAUAUAUCUGUCCUUAAUAUCUAGAAGGCCAUGGAGAAGAGCACUA